UGAUCUCUUAUUAAAUAUUUCGGCCAAAGGCCUUCUUCAGUAAACGAUUAUUAAGACAAUUUACAUAGCGUUUUCUUCUGUCGAUCAUAACGGAAGUAAAUACAAAUAAAUGACGUAACGUUACCCGACGGGAACGUGACGUUACACGCCAAUGGCAAUACUCGGAAGUCGCUGCAUAUUAUGCAAAAUGAUCUGUCAGUUGGUACGAAUGUUAUCGCAGGUUAUUGACAUGGUUGAGGGUUUAUCCGUGCCAGUUCAUUAUUAUCUAUUAGUUUGAUUUCAAGUAUGCCUUGAAUAACUGUUAAGUAGUUGGGCAGUUGCAGAAUACCAAGCCCAGAUGGCGCUCUAUAGGAAUAGAUCUGAAAAUGGACUUUCUUUGUCAAGAAUUUGUUUGAGUACCGUUCUCGUGUUAGUAGUAGUGCUUUCGAUGCUUGCAGAUACAGCGGAGGCAAGUGGUGGCAAGAAUGGAACACAAAACGAACGCUAUCCUUUGGUCGUGUUUGACUUUGAGAGAGUGGAAUUUCCAUUCGUGAUUUGUAUUUGGGUGUUGAUAGCUAGCUUAGCCAAGAUUGCUUUCCACCUCAACAGCAAACUGCCAAAGGUUGUACCAGAGAGCGGCCUGUUGAUUGCACUGGGUCUCGUAGUUGGCUGUGUCCUGCACUUCACCAAGGUCGCCUCUACCUCCGAAUAUGUCCUUGAUGCCAACAUCUUCUUCAUCUACUUACUGCCGCCAAUCAUUUUCGAUGCCGGGUACUUCAUGCCAAUACGCUCAUUCUUUGACAAUAUUGGCUCUGUGCUUCUCAUGGCGGUUGUCAACACGGCGUUCAACACUGUGUGCAUCGGUGGGGCGCUGUGGGCUGUCUCGCUCUGGGGCUGGAUAGGCCGUGACAUCAGUCUUCUACACUGUCUCAUAUUUAGUGCUUUGAUCUCAGCUGUGGACCCCGUUGCAGUGAUCUCAGUAUUCGAGGAUGUCCAUGUCAACCAGAUGCUUUACAUCAUCGUGUUUGGCGAGAGCUUGCUGAAUGAUGGAGUCACUGUGGUUCUAUACCACAUGAUGGAGGGCUUUAUUGAGCUUGGAGAGGAUAACAUUAUUGCAAUUGAUGUGGUAACGGGAAUUGGAUCUUUCUUCAUUAUUGCACUGGGAGGCACCCUUAUUGGCGUUCUGUUUGGAUUUUUCGGCGGCUUUAUCACCAAGUACACGGAUCAUGUGAAAGUCAUCGAGCCUCUGUUUGUGUUUGUGCUAGGUUACUUGAUGUACCUUACCUCCGAAAUGAUGCACCUUUCUGGCAUUCUCGCUUUAUCCUUUGGCGGGAUCGUGCUACGACACUACAUGGAGCACAACCUGUCCAAAAAGACGGCGGUAACCGUAAAAUACUUCAUGAAAAUGCUUGCCAACAUUUCUGAGACGAUCAUCUUCAUGUUCCUUGGCUUGUCAACGAUCGUGGACACCCUGGACUGGAACCUUGCCUUCAUUUUCUUUGCGCUGUUCUUCUGUUUAGUGUUUAGAAUUCUGGGUGUAAUGAUCCUUGCCUGGUGCUUGAAUCAACGGCGCCUCAUAAAGUUGACGUUCGUUGACCAGUUCAUUAUGGCGUUUGGGGGUCUGCGGGGCGGGAUUGCGUUUUGCCUGGCAUUGUCAUUGGACGAGGAACUGGUACCUGAGAAGAGCCUAUUCAUCACUGCCACCAUCUUCAUAGUCUUUUUCACAGUUAUUAUUCAGGGGAUAUCUAUUAAACCAGUUGUCAAUGCUCUCAAGGUGAAAAGGCAACCAGAAAAUAACCUGUCUUUGAACGAGAAAAUACAUGAAACACUGAUUGAUCACCUGAUGGCAGGUAUAGAGGACCUUACGUCAAGAUCAUCACACAACCUGAUGAGAACCAAGUUCCGUCGAUUCAACUCCAAGUACUUACAGCCUAUUCUGUGUAAAGAGCCUGUCAAGCCCAAGGCAACCAAGAUUCUCAAUGUCCACGCUGAGCUCACAGAACAAGAUGCCAUUAAGAAAUCAACCAGCAUAAUCAAGGUUGCUACAGUGAAUGGUUCCAGUACAGACUUGUAUGAGGACCACAAACGGGUGCUGAUUACCAGCCCUGUCUCUCGGCGGGUCAUCUCCAUGGAUCCUGAUGAGACCUUGGUUGCGUUCAAUCAGGCAUUACGGCAAAGGCAUGCAAAUGGGCAGUGGCAGACGGAUCGUAACAACGUUGCUGACUCAGUAGAAAGCGUGGACCGCGUGGUUUACCAACGAAAUCCAGACAGUCCUGAGGAGCAUUCCAACAGUGAAGUCCAGAAAAGCUCAAGAAGAAGCAGUAAAGCCUCAUCUUCGGACAGUGACCUUGGAGUGACCAUCAACUUUCCGUCCAGUAACAAAGACACCUCUAGUAACAACUAUUCCACAAUGCAUCCGACAGAAACUACAGAUGUAUCACCGUGCGACGAUUACAUGAACAGCGUUUUACCAUGGCAAGACAACAUUGACCCCUCCCCCACCCACCUCCAUGACAAGCCAAACAAUGAACCAGUGAUAGCCCACGUUCCCUCAUGGGUGAACAACCUCUCAUAUUCCCAUAUAACCGAGACUGGCUCGCCUUAUGUCUCGCCUCAGGCCACAGUUAUUGCUCAAGCGACAGACUAUCAUAAGACCGUGUACUCAUUAUUCCAGAACCUGGCCAAGGUCACUGGAGAAGGACACGAAACUCGUGACAGCGAGACAACUGAAAGUCAAGUGACAAUUUCCCAAUUACCCUGGGGACAAAGUGUACCGGAAGACUGUCCGCUAGUUUCCCACAUGCCCCUAGAUUCCGGUACUCGGUCUGCAGACUUUCUGCAGUCAGCCCAUAGCGAGCAGGCACCAGAACAUCAUCAUGUCAUCAUUCCCACUCACGAGUAUCUGCAGCUCGACUCAGACAACAACAGCUCCGAAAAACAUGGACACCUGACGGAAGUUGCGUCUGCUCCGGAUUUCACACACUGGAAACCAAUCAGUAAACAGUCAUUCCUUUCAGAGAAAGACCGCAUGCAGUCGGACACCAUGCUAACUGAAAUGGCGUUUGUCGAGGGCAUUAAAAGCCGAGUGUGUGAGUGGCUCAAGCAGGCAGCAGACGAUGAGGAGAAUGAUGCAGACGAGGAAUCAGAUGAAGCAGACGGGCUUCUGUCAGCAGACGAACUUGAGAAGGAAUUGGACAUUGCCAUGAGCUUCGGUCUUAAACAAUGAUGAAAAUUGUACUUAGGCAAUUUGCAAUACACGUAUCAUACAUUUAAUGAUAGUUAGUGAGUUAUUAAAUCUUCAUUUAUGGUUUGUAAGUUGAUGGUUUCUCAUAUUCAAACCACCAGGCAUCAUGAAUUUAAUGACAAUUACUAAAACCUCAUUAUUGGUUUGUAAGUGUAAUCUUUCUCGUCUUUAAGCCCGAGGCAAAAACUGAGCUCAGCAGUUUUUAAAAAGCAAGAUAGAUUGCCAUGAUUUUAUCAUAACAAUAUUGUAUUUUCACUCACUGGGGUGAUACAUUCUUAAACUGUGUUCUGACAAGUGUUCAAUGAAGGUAUUUAGAAAAAGUAUUUAUUGUGGUCUUAAAACCUUAACUGGUAUUUCCAGUGCACUGUUUACUUUUCUUGUGUUUUCACACAUGUCAUGUACCAAGUCACUGAAGCAUGGCCGUUAUCUCUGUUAAUCCUAGUCAGCAUGUAAUAGCCCCAUAGGAAUAAAUGUUAAAGCAAAUGCCUUUUACUGUUGGAAAAUGUUCCUCAUUAGUACUAUCAUCUGUUAUAUCACCUGAAACAUUUCCAUUUGCCGUAAUUACUCCAUUCCAAAGGGGAGCAGAAGUCAAGUGGUAGGGCGCUAGUCUGGGAAUGGGAAGGUCCCUGAUUCAAAUUCUGCUCAGAUCACAAGAUUUUUUAAAGCAAAAGUUAUUCCACAUUUGUUCGUUUCCACCCAAUUGUAUAAAUGAGUUCUUGUGAGGGAUAUGUACCAGUGUGACUUGGCUAAUGGAUGAUACCGACACUUACAUUCACAUAAGAAAAAAAUGUAACUCGCAGUUUGUUCAGGGUUUAUGCUGUUUGCUGCUCAUCAGUAACUAAGGGUUGGAAAUGAAGCCUUUAAAACUUGAAUUUAGUUAGAAUGGUAUUUAAUUGAAUGUAACUUUCUUAAGGACUGCACAUGCAUCAAAAUACAUAUCUAUGUGGGAAAGGGUUAAAUUGCCAGAAUCGACCCUACAUUAAUAUCAUUAUCAGCCUUGAUUUUGUGUGGUUUAGCCCAAAGCCAACAAUGAUUUCUGAUAGAGAAAGGGGGGGGGGAGUAAAGGGCUUAGCUUGAGAAUUCUUUCAAAACAUAUUUCAGGGUCUUUAUCAACAAAGCUUUCUAUCAACAAAUCCUUAAAUUCACAAAAUUCUGUGUUUUUUAUUUUGCCAUUUUUGAAACAAUCUUGUUUUAAAUGGUGAAUAUUUCAUAACUUUAUAGAAUGAAAAACCUUGGCUUUCUUGUAGAAAUUAAGAUCUGAAAUUGUUCCAUAUAUGCUUCUUUUGUAGAUUUCCUUGAGGGGCUUUGCAAAUACCAGCCUUGAAAAUGUCAAUUAUAAGUUGUGUGCUUGAAGUUUGUUAUUGUACACUUACAUAAGUUAAUACAUAUCCUUCAGGUGGUUGACACCAAAUAACAUUAUUGGGAUAGCUUUUCAAAAGCUUCACAAGUUGGCAUGUUUAUUUAAUAAGACACGUUUAUAACUGAAGACACAUUUAUGAUGCAUUUAAGAACUGAUUGUCUACAGUUUUUAAGAUGUAACUAUAAUUGUUCUAAAUCAUAUUUUUAAUAACAGCUCUUGCGAUUGUACUUAGCAAUUGUUAAUACUGAAUAUAUCUAUUGCAUGUAAUAAAUUUAGCAAUUGUUUGUACUGAAUAUAGCAAUUGUUGGUACCUAAUAUAACGAUCAUUAGUACUGAAUAUAGAAAUUGUUUGUAUUUCAGAGUGAUUUCAUAUCAGAAACAUUUCAAUAUUGCCUUAAUGUAUCAUCAGUCACAAAACUGUUUCAGAGUAUGUAAGCUCAUUUUAGCUCUGCUGUUUUUGGAGAAAACCCUAGGUAUUCUCAUAGCCAGCUUGUCGUCCGCCGUCCGCAUUGUGCUAAAACCUUAACAUUUUGUUAAGGUUUUGAACAUUGGCUCUAAAAUCAAAGUGCUUCAACCUACAACUUUGAAACUUCAUAUGUAGCUGCACCUUAAUUAGUUCUACAUGCCACAUCCAUUUUUGGGUCACUAGGUCAAAGGUCAAGAUCCAUGCGACCUCUUAAUUUGUUUUUAUUUAUUUCUGACAAGCUUUCAUUCAUUCAAUACUGCAGCCGAGCAGCAUGGCACCCGUUAUGCGGUGCUCUUGUUUAUUGAAGAUACUAUGUCUGCAAAAUUGGGCCUUAGGUGGGGGGGGGGGGGGCAUUUUACCAUGAUAAAGAUAUUAUUACUGGAAUAAAAAAAGGUGGAUAUCAUCUAUAUAAUUAAACAACUUAAAAAUAUGUGUACCAUUCUCAUAGUAUGCAAUUUUCAAUAAUUUUUUUUGUCUAAACAAGGUCUAAUCAAACUUAGCUAAGGUUCAUUUGGGUCAUUACAGAUUUAAAGUUUUUAUCUACCAAUUGUAAUCCUCAGUUGCACUUAGACCAUCGUAUAAGUAUUAUUUUAUAUACAUAUUAGGUUAAAUAGGUUUUUAGAAGCAAGUUUGGGUAAAUGAAUUUCAUGUGUUUAACAGUGCAUUAAGAAAAAAGGCAAUUUUUAAAUAAAAACAAUGAAAAAAUACUUAAUGACAACGCGCUUCUGAAAAUUUGAAAUUAAAUUGCUGUUUGAAAAAAGUAUGUCUAAUAUAUGCUAUUUCAAAACAUUGCAAUCUUUGUGUAGUAUAAAGUGCUACCAUAAAAUUAUACAGGCAAGUCAAACAUAUGUCAAGGAGAAGAUUUUUUACAAAUCAGGUGAUCAAAUGAGUUAUAGAAGGCUGUCAUGUCAAACUUAUAUGACUCACACUCAAGCCUAUACUAGGUAAAUAAUGUUAAGUGUUAGUUGUGAUAGUUGUUUUGAAGUAUAUUUAACUGUAAUUACUUCCCUGAACUGUGAAUGAGUGCAUACCGGGAAUAUUUAAGUAUAUUUAAAGCACUUGUUAGUGUUUAACAAUUUAUUUAUAUUUAAGAAGCGCUUUAUUGUGCAAUCAGACUAGGCAGAACUCUGCUUGUUGGUUUUGAUUUAUUUGUUGGCAACAGCAUUACAGUUUCUUUAUUUUUGCUCCAGUGUUAGACAUAUAAUAUUGUGACACAGUUUGCUCAAAGAAUUUUGUAUCCGGAACAUUUUAAUGGUGAUAUAUUAUGGAUCACACCAAACAAACCGUUGGUUCCACUCAUGCUCUGUGAAAUCUCCAAAGGACUUGUCAGUUUUCAGAUAAUAAUUUACUAGACUGGAAUCUUGUUAGAGAUUUUUUAAUGUGUCAGUGCUUGUAAAAACAAAAAAGAGUGACAAAAUAGAAUAUGUAUCCAUAGGGGUACAUUAGAUAUUUUGGUCUGUAAUAGAAUUUGAAUAUUAUGUCUAUUGUUAAUGCCUAUUAUUCCUGCAUUUACAAUCAAACUACCUACAAAUCAGGUAUAAGGCAAGAACAACUACCUGAAAUUUUUGUAGA